CGCUGCCCGCGCCAUGAAGCACAUCCCCGUUCUCGAGGACGGGCCGUGGAAGACCGUGUGCGUGAAGGAGCUGAACGGCCUCAAGAAGCUCAAGCGGAAAGGCAAGGAGCCGGCGCGGCGCGCGAAUGGCUAUAAAACUUUCCGACUGGACUUGGACGUGCCCGAGCUAGGCGCCGCGGCCACCAACGGGCUUUCCGCGCCCCCUGCGCCCCCGGAGACCUCCGUGCGUCCUGCGCCCCCCACGCGCCCCGGGGAAAGUUCCUACUCGUCAAUUUCACACGUAAUUUACAAUAACCAUCCGGAUUCCUCCGCGUCGCCUAGGAAACGGCCCGGCGAAGCCACGGCCGCCUCCUCGGAGAUCAAAGCCCUGCAGCAGACCCGGAGGCUCCUGGCGAACGCCCGGGAGCGGACGCGGGUGCACACCAUCAGCGCAGCCUUCGAGGCGCUGCGGAAGCAGGUGCCGUGUUACUCAUACGGGCAGAAGCUAUCCAAACUGGCCAUCCUGAGGAUCGCCUGCAACUACAUCCUGUCCCUGGCCCGGCUGGCUGACCUCGACUACAGCGCCGACCGCAGCAACCUCAGCUUCUCCGAGUGUGUGCAGCGCUGCACCCGCACCCUGCAGGCUGAGGGACGUGCCAAGAAGCGCAAGGGCACCCCCUUCCAGUGAUGUUAAGCCACUGCAUAUUAACAACAACAAUGACAGCUACUAGCACAGAUGGCAUAGUUUAGGCCAGUAAGUUCCUGCACUCUAGUUGCUCUCAGGCCCAGGGUUGGAGAUGGGGAGAGAGAAGAGGCAUCCCGACGCC